AUGGACAAUCACCACACCAAGACCUCCUCAGGGGAAGAUGAAGACGCUGAGCAGCACUUCCCGAGCCAACAAAGUGGGGCAGGAGUCCUCCCAUCUCCAGCGACCCCUCGAUUUUCUGUCCCCACACCACAAACCCCAGAACCCCAAGAACUCCCAGAGUUGGGGGCUGCCAGUGGUCAAGAGUCUGUAAAUAGUACAGCACUGAUCGGGGUCACCAGCCUCUACCCCCUCUACCACACGGGCCUUAACUCUGUGGAGCCUGCCACCAGGCAGCCAAUCCCUGAGGCCCAAUCUUUAUGUAACCUGAUUCUCUCAGAUUCUGUGAUGAAUAUCUUUAAAGACAGAAACUUUGACAGUUGUUGCAUCUGUGCCUGCAACAUGAACAUCAAAGAGGCAGAUGUUGGCCUCUACAUCCCCAAUUCUUCCAGUGAGGACCAGUACUUCUGCACCUAUGGGUUUAAUGCGAUUAUGAACCGCAACUUGGCUACAAUUCAGGGCUUCCUUGAAGAUGAGUUGAGUAUUUGGGGGAAGAAUUCUGAUAUUGGUCAGGCUGCAGAGAGUGUUCCCAACGUCAUCAACCAUCCCAACGAGGAUGGGUUCAGCCCUAACAAUGAUGAUAUGUUUGUUGACCUUCCAUUUCCAGAUGAUAUGGACAAUGACCUUGGCGUAUUAAUGACUGGGAACCUGCAUUCCUCUCCCAGCUCCUCCCAGGCUCUCCUUCUGGAAUUGGUGUGGGCUCUCACUUCCAGCACAGUCUGA